AUGAUAAAAGCAACAGUAUUUUCUCCCGCGACUUUAUACGCAGCAUAUCUCGUGUUUGAUUUCAUCGACAAUUACGAAAAACCCCAAAAGGCAAUCUCCGUGGUCGAAAUUGUUUACGGCAUGUCGGAUAACGGUAACUCCAAAGAGAGGGAAAGGAUAGUGGAGUUCGAAGCGUGCAACAAUAGAUCCGACGGUUGGAUGGAAAUACUACUUGGAGAAUUCGAUGUCGGUGAAGUAAAUAAUGGAAAUGUGCACGUGCAAUUGCUCGAGAGUAGUGGGUUCUACGUUGUCGAAGGUAUCGAGUUUCGACCUUUGGAGAAAGAGAAAGAUUGGAUAGGGAAAGGAAUCUUUUCGAAAAUCAAGAUUUGGUAA